CUGGAGUGUGGGGCCCCCGGCCGCAAUCUGUCGGAUCCGGCCUGCGGAGCUACGUGGGACGCGCCGGGCCCGCUGCUGGGAGGAGUCGGAGCAGGGAUCGUAGGGUGACCUUGAGGAAGACAUUUACCACCUCUGUGCGCCGAUGUUCCUUCUUCAUACUGAGUCCCAAGACAUCUUUUGAAGAGCUGCCAUGUCUAGAAAUCCUGCAUCUUCCCCAGAACAGAACAACAACAGCUAUCAAACCAAAACCUCAAAUCUUCGAACAUCAGAGAAGAAAUGUUCAUGGGCAUCCUAUAUGACCAACUCCCCAACUCUCAUCGUUAUGAUUGGUUUGCCAGCCCGGGGUAAAACCUAUGUGUCCAAGAAACUAACACGCUACCUCAACUGGAUCGGAGUGCCCACCAAAGUAUUUAACCUUGGAGUGUACCGGCGUGAAGCAGUCAAGUCCUAUAAGUCCUACGACUUCUUUCGGCAUGACAACGAGGAGGCCAUGAGGAUCCGCAAACAGUGUGCUCUGGUGGCGCUGGAGGAUGUCAAGGCCUAUCUCACUGAGGAGAGUGGGCAGAUCGCGGUGUUUGAUGCUACCAAUACCACCCGGGAGAGGAGGGACAUGAUUUUGAACUUUGCCAAGGAGAAUUCCUUCAAGGUAUUCUUUGUGGAAUCUGUCUGUGAUGAUCCUGAUGUCAUUGCUGCCAACAUCCUGGAAGUAAAGGUGUCGAGCCCUGACUACCCUGAGCGCAACCGGGAGAACGUGAUGGAGGACUUCCUGAAGAGAAUCGAGUGCUACAAAGUCACCUACCGACCCCUGGACCCGGACAACUAUGACAAGGAUCUUUCUUUCAUCAAGGUGAUAAAUGUGGGCCAGCGAUUUUUAGUCAACAGAGUCCAGGACUACAUCCAGAGCAAGAUAGUCUACUACCUCAUGAAUAUUCAUGUCCAGCCUCGCACCAUUUACCUUUGCCGGCACGGAGAGAGCGAGUUCAACCUCUUGGGGAAGAUUGGGGGUGACUCUGGCCUCUCAGUGCGGGGAAAGCAGUUUUCCCACACUCUGAGGAAGUUUCUGGAGGAACAGGAGAUAGCAGACCUCAAAGUGUGGACGAGCCAGUUGAAGAGGACUAUCCAGACUGCAGAGUCUCUUGGAGUGACCUAUGAGCAGUGGAAGAUUCUGAAUGAGAUUGAUGCUGGCGUGUGUGAGGAGAUGACCUAUGCAGAGAUAGAAGAGCAGUAUCCAGAAGAAUUUGCACUUCGAGAUCAAGACAAGUAUCUGUACCGAUACCCUGGUGGGGAGUCGUACCAGGACCUGGUGCAGCGGCUGGAGCCCGUCAUCAUGGAGCUGGAACGUCAGGGCAACGUCCUCGUCAUCUCCCACCAGGCUGUCAUGCGCUGCCUCCUGGCCUACUUCUUGGAUAAAGGCGCAGAUGAGCUACCAUACUUGAGAUGCCCACUUCAUACCAUCUUCAAACUUACUCCUGUGGCCUACGGGUGCAAAGUGGAAACAAUUAAACUCAACGUGGAGGCUGUGAACACUCACCGUGACAAGCCAACUAACAACUUCCCCAAGAGCCAAACCCCUGUAAGGAUGAGGAGGAACAGCUUUACGCCUCUGUCCAGUUCGAAUACAAUAAGGCGUCCAAGAAAUUACAGUGUUGGGAGCCGACCCCUCGAGCCCCUCAGCCCUCUCCGUGCUCCGGACAUGCAAGAAGGGGCCGACUAGCCGAAGACCCAAGCCAGCAUUCCGGUGGCGUAACCGUGUGUUUCCCUCCAGCCUUGGCCUCCUGCCCUUGUCACUAAUAACCAAGGAGUCAUUUAACUUCCUCCCCCAACCCCCACUUCGGACACCUCACCUGUUAAUCGUGACACAGAGCCUGAGAUCAUGUAUCUGCAGACCCAGUUUAGAGAGCCGGUCUGCAGUUUGAAACGUCUCCCCGCUUGGGGGCAGGUUGGCAAGUUGAGUCCUUUAGGGCAAGUCUGGAGGAAGAGGGAAAGGAUACACUCCCCUGGGGCCAAGCGUGCCCCAUACACUUGGUUCUUCUCUCUGCUCCCUGGUGUCUGCACUCACUAAUGUGCUCGAGCUGGGGAAGUGGUCUUGGUGGUGGCAGUGGGCUGUGGGAGGGGUACACAAAAGCCCAGUUUUUCUUCACCUUUGUCUCUUUAGUGUGUGUUUUCCUCACUGUCCGUACUUGACUGCUUUCUUCCCCCUCUUUCAUCUCCCCUUCGGACUGUCCAGUGUAAUGCAUGGCAUUGUCAUGUCUGUCUAGGAAGGAGGGGGAUGGUUGGCAAGAGAGAAGUCUGGCCCAGGUAAUGCCUUCUGCAGUGGGCCUAAAUGGGUCUGGCCUGGGAGAGUCUUUCUUUCCCCUUCUCCCUUCCUCUCCAGCCAGGUCCUGCAAGGGCCAGCCCAGGCUGCCGAACACCCACAGAAUAAUCGGGAGCUUGCAAGUGGACAUAGGGUGAGAAAUUUUGCCUCCUUUCGUGAGAAACAAUCCUAAGUCUUCAAUACCUUUGGGGAAGCUGGCUCUGAGGAUGUGGUUUGUGUUUUCAACUUGAAGAGUCAGGCGUAGGUCUUUUGGUAUCUGUGGAGUCGGGUUUAGAAGAGCAGGUUGGUCUCUAGCUCUUGGAGGCUUCUUGGAGGACAGUCAUGUCUCUUCUCCAGUGGUUCCCAGGUUCUCUGUCAUUCACAACACCUUUUCUGCCAAAGCCGGUGACCUGUGGGGCUGUUCAGGAUGGAGUUAGGUUCAGGCGUCACCCCUGAUGUUUGAAUUGCUCAAGGAAAAAGGCAGAGAAGAGUUCUCUGUGCUGCUUUUUAUUUUCUAAUAAUUUUCAGCACAUUCUCCUUAAGUUUAAAAAUGAAAUUUUUCCUAUAUGAGCAAUUUUUAAAAUAUGGAUAAUUUUUUUCUUCCCCAAAUGUGGUAAAGCUUGAUGGUACAUUUAAUCUUUCUCAUUGGAGUAUUCUUGUGUUCAUAAGGAGAAACUGUCUCAUAAAAGGAGUCUUUGGAACCCUGUGGUGUCUGGCUCUUGACGGUUUAUAUUAUCUAUUUACUUCUGUGGUUUCAUUUUCUUUGUAGGGUUAAAUAGGAAAUGCUUAGAGAAGGGAUUCUUAGCCCCUUGUUAGUCCAUGAUGGCUUACUCUGUCUCCCAAUUUUGCAUGCAAAAUGUACAUAUAUGUCUGAAUAUAUGUACAUUUUUCUGAGAGGCAAAUUUAAAGUUCUCAUGACAUUUUAAAAAGAGAUAGGUGUCUCCCCACCUUAAAGUGGGAAGCUUUUGUCUUUUAGAGAUAACCAGUGAGAACAAGUUAGCUAUUUUCCAAGGAUAUUUUUGUUUUGUUUUGUUUUUGUUUGGUAAUGGAAGACCUUUUGUUGUGGUUCUCAUCUAGGAGUGUUCCUUUGAAUCCUGUUUAGAUAUUUUGGAACAUAAACAGACCUGUGUCUGCCUUAGGCUUAAUAUCGAUUCAGAAUCUCUGAGAAUGGGGUCUGGACAUGCGUGUGUUUCAGUAGCUUCCCUGAUGAUUUGUAACCCAGGUUAAGAACUCUACCUUAGAAAGAUGGGUGGAAAAAAAUACUGGAAUAGUAGUUCCUGGGACAAAGCAUCAACCUAGGAAUUCUGAAUUCCUGAUGAUUCUGAAUGGACAGUUCUUUGGAGGUAUACAUUAUAUUUGAGCAGAUCGUAAUAUUAAAUCAAAUAACACCCUCCAAGGCAGGCUGCUGUGUUUUAGAGGGUUAUUGUAGGUUUUAGUCCCAUCUUUUUUUUAAUUUUAAUUUUUUUUUAUUUUAGCAUAUUAUGGGGGUACAAGUAUUAAGGUUAUCUAUAUUGCCCAUGCCCCCUUCCCUAGUCCCAUCUUUAACCCUUUAUAUUGCAGGGCGAUGUGGAACACACCACUGAAUUAUGUAAUUGUCGUUGGCUAACAGCUGGGGAUUUUAAGCACCCUGGAGAGAGGUACUGAAGUAGUAUCUGUAGGAUGAUAAAGGUUGUCUUAACCAACAACUGACUCCCAAUUCCGAGUCCUUUACUCUGUCACAAGUGCAUGGCCAGUUUCCAAAGGCUGCUUGCCUAGAGUCUUCUCAAAACUUCAUCCAAGACAUAAAGUAACCUGUUGUUCUGUUACCUAAUGUGUACGUAGUGUCUUUGUUUGUGGGGCUCCGGGCUGGUGGGGGAAGGAUACACAGAAGUACAAAAAGGUCCUUGCCCUGAGGAAGGUUAUUUUAAGAGACAGGACAUAUAAUUUGUAACAUGAACAUUGG